AUGGAUCCUAACAGUGGAUCCGCUGUAUUAGCCGAAGUAGCUAGGGCCAUGAUGCAGACAGUGAACGAAACUGGCUGGAGGCCAGCUCGUACGAUAAUGUUUGCAAAUUGGGACGCAGAAGAGCAUGGAAUUAUUGGAUCAACCGAGUUUGUCGAGGAGUUUACGGAUAUAUUACGUCAACGAGCAGUUGUCUACUUGAAUAUGGACACUAUUCAUGGAAAUAUGACAUUACAUGUUGGAACAAUCCCAUCUCUUUAUCGAGUAAUUGUUGAAGCAGCCAAAAGAGUAGAGAACCCAUCAAAGUCAGAAAAGGCUAAGGGAAGGACGACAGUCUACGACACUUGGCUGAGGCUACGUCCUUCUCACACUCCUGGUUUGCCUCAGAUUCCAGUACCAGGAGGCGGCUCUGAUCACGCAGCUUUCCUCACUUAUGCAGGUAUACCUGUGGUUGAUUUUUCGUACAAAAACGCAACAAUUCACGAUACCUACCCGCUUUAUCACACUAUGUAUGAGACACCCUUUGUGAACGAGCAUCUUUUAGAUACCGAUAAUUUUGCGGUCCACCGCGCUAUAGGACAAUUUUGGGCAGAAUUAGCUCGCUUUUUUACUGACGAAGCUGUGCUGCCAUUCAACACUACCGAACUUGCCGUAGCUAUAGUGAAGGACUACAUUCCAGCGCUAGGUAAAGCGCUAACUCCACUGAAAUAUUACCAAAAGGCCAUAGAACCUGCUGUUGAGCAAUUGUCUCAUUUUACGAAAGCGGCGCAGGAAUUCCUGAAUAUGUGUAGGAAUAAGCGCGAAUCAUAUCCUGGAUUACAAACGCGUCGCGCCUUGUACGCGGCGCGGCAGGCAUACAGUAGCCGUGCAAAAAGGGCCAUUACUUGCGCAACGGUAUCCUCUCUUUAUAUAUUGUUCUUUAGUGCACAACGUUGUUUCAUCAAUCCACGCGGUUCGCCUACAGCACCACAAUCCAGACAUGUUCUCUACUCAAUUAGUGAACACGACAGCUAUGCAAGUAGGCAAAUGGCCGCUGUCUAUGAUGCU